GAGAAACUCUCCAAAGGAUCAAACCCCCUCCCCCCUUUCUCUCUCUCUGUUUAUUUCUGUUGUAUUUUUUGGCGAACACACUUUGCAAGAAAACUACAGCCAACAACCCCUGAAAGGCUCACUUGCCUUAUUAACUAGAGCCAAAGGAGAUGUAUAUUGAGGAACUGAAAGAGGGGGAUUCCGUGAGUGGCGAGCAGCAGGUCUGUGGUGAUCAUUGUGAAGGUGCUCUGGUUGUUUGGGACCCGAAAAGGGUUUUGGUUGGAGCAGGGGCUCGAGCCCUUUUCUAUCCCACAUUGCUGUAUAAUGUUGUCAGAAAUAAGAUUCAGUCCGAGUUCCGCUGGUGGGAUAGGGUUGAUCAGUAUGUGUUGCUAGGAGCGGUUCCGUUUCCCACCGAUGUUCCGCGCUUGAAGGCUCUUGGUGUAGGUGGGGUGGUUACCUUGAAUGAACCAUAUGAGACUUUAGUUCCAACUUCACUAUAUCAUGAUCACAGCAUUGAGCACCUUGUCAUUCCAACCAGAGAUUAUCUUUUCGCUCCAUCACAUGGGGAUAUCUGCCAAGCUGUAGAUUUUAUCCAUGGCAAUGCACUUUGCGGCAAAACUACAUAUGUUCACUGUAAGGCUGGCCGAGGACGCAGCACUACAAUUGUUCUCUGUUACCUGGUUAAACACAAACAAAUGACUCCUGAGGCCGCAUACGAGUAUGUGAGGUCCAUUAGGCCAAGGGUGUUGUUGGCGUCCUCCCAGCGGCAGGCUGUUCAAGAUUAUUACCAUGGAUUAGAGAAGCCUGAGGCUGAGACUUGCAUGGACAAUUUACCUCGAAAAGCUCUAAGUUUCCCUGUGCAAGCUGACCCUGAAGACUUCGAUGAUAAUUCGUUGGUGUUAAUCACUGAAUCAGACCUGGAUGGCUAUGAGGAAAGCCCUGAUUCGGGCUCAGCAGGUCAGAACAUGCUAACAGAGUUGAACCUUGCCUGCCGAGUACAUUUUGCAAGUCAGGCAGCUUUUUCCAGGCUUUCCUGCCUGUGGCUCCGUUCCCAGACUGACCAGAAAGUGUCAAGAAAGAAGCUGCAAAGCUCAGUCCGUAACAAUCGGCUGGGGAACAUCGGUGUUGAUAUCCAUGUUUAUUGAGAUUCCAUUUCACUGCUUCGUGAAGUUUCCCCUCCCAUCCUUUUAGGUGUCGGAAUUAGGGAAUAAGAUGGGUUUUCCCGGCUUCUUUUUCGUGUUGUUUUUGUCGCUGGUUUCUCCAAGUCAGAGGGAUCCGAGAUGUCGUUAUGGCUCAGCCGUGCUGAGCCCUUUGUACAAUUGCCAAAGAAGUGUUUCUCGUACAGCGUUACAGAUUUGGUAAGUGUACAGUAACAGAGUCGAUGGUAACUUAUGUUAGCGAGGUUUAAUCUUGUGUAGUAAAAUGUCGAGCUGCUGAGGGCAUGGUCGAUUUGUGCUUAUGGAUGUAUAAGACAUGUUGAUUUAAUGUAAUCGAGUAUGCUUUUCCAUUAAGUGUUUUCUCUCUUGUGCUUUUUA